GUUCACCGUAGUAUAGCCGCAAGCCAGUAGAACAUCGACAGUUGAAAGGGAAGGUUCAACUUCAGCCAUUCAUCGCUGGUACAGGGGAAAGUGAUAUUUUCUCCUUGUGCAUUCAAAUUCCUCCAGUUUCAACGGUUAAAUUCUGUGUGACAGUAGUGACAUAUCUCGACCUAGCUGAUUAUUCUUGGUUGAGUUCAGUUAGUUUGCCGCUAUUUGCUUGCAAAUAAGCUCUUCUAAAUGAAUGUCUUACUGGCACUGUGGCUGGUAAGUUGCGUUAACUUUCCAGCUGUGGUGCAAUCGAGUGACAUCAUAUUCGAGAACGCUUCUCUCGCUUCACGGGGCUCCAUCCUGAAUGACAUCCAAGCGUUAAACAUCUCUUGCUUUCCAAAGGAUACAUGUUACGAUGAUAAGGUGAGCCGUAUCAUCGAUUCCCCAGUCUGGACAAAACGCAGCUGUCUUUGUGACGAUUCGUGCAUUCAUUUCGGUGAUUGCUGUCCGGAAUCCAAGCAGUUCGAUCCCAAACAACAACGGAUAGCUGAAGCUAAAUUCAGCUGUUUACAGUUACGGCAGUACAAUUUCAAUUGGAUUGUGAACAAAUGCCCGAAAGACGCCAAUCCUGAGGUGACGCAAGCCUGCGAAACCGAACCAGCGGAAUGGCAAAUUCAUUCGGAUCCCAUCAGCUACAUGCCAGUGACCAAUCAAGUUUCUGGUAUUACCUAUCGGAACUUAAACUGCGCUCAGUGCCAUCAAGACGUGCCGGCCACUCUUGCCAAUAACCAGUCAUCCUUACUUCGUUUCUGGAACCCGAGAUUGGAAUGCAACUCUUUGUUAGCCGACAGCAGUAUUUUAAACACAAUGACAAAAGAUGUUCUUGCCUCCAAGGUUCAAUGGGAUAAAGAGAAAAAGAUGUGGGGUCUCAUGGUUGAUAUCGACGGCCAUGGCGAACAGUUUCAUUCUUGUUUCAUUGAUCCUGCUUUACCUGAUGACCUGGUGUCUUCUUUGCGGUCGUGCCAGCCUUCAAUAAAUGAAUGCCCUCCGGAGUGGAUGGAUGAAGAUGUCCGCAACAAGUGCUUAUCUUACACGUCUUUCGUCUACAGACCACAGGAAAUCUUUCGUAACAUGCACUGUGCAAUUUGUAACGGAGCCCAACCACAGGAACUGUCAUGCGAAUCAUCUGAUAUUUCUUUCCGGAAAUUACCAAAUUAUUUGCAUGACUUUAACCCAUCAGCUUUCGCCCUCCUUUUCGAUCUGAAAGAUAAGGACGGAAACGGCAUGGUUGGACAGGAGAAAAGCUGCGAAGAUGGUCAACUUUACGAUCCAUUUUCCCGAAAGUGUCGCCCAGUAUUUUGUUCACAGCCUGGAACCGUUUACCGUGAAGGACGUUGUUACGCACCCGAAACAGGAUCUGCAACUACAAUCAGCACUGACGUCGAUAGCAAAGCAGCAACUGACGAAAAUGCCAUCCUAUUUCCUGACGGAGAACAACCCGGACGACCUGAUACAACAACCCAGCCGUCUGAAAUUUCACCAACUGCUGUUAAUUCUUCGACCGAUUCCAGUUCGAUGGCUCCAACAAACAUGACCGAUGGGAGCCAGAGCUCGUUGGAGAGGAACUUUACUUCCUGUCCUAAAUUUCUUCUCUCGGAAGACGAAGUUCAGUGGCUAGAAAACGGCACCCUAUACAUCCCCUCGCACGAGAAACUCUACGAAGUGGGUCACUACCUAAAAUCGAAAGAUGGCGUUCUGAUCUGCGCCGAAGGAGUCACCACCGUUUCUAAAUUUGAUCCUAUUCUCGGAUGGGUUACAGUCGCCGGACUGGGAUUGUCCGAAGUGUGCCUAGCUCUGCACCUGAUUGCGUUCACUAUUAGUCCCGAUUUGCGUAAUUUGUCCGGUCGAAACUUGGCGUCUUUAUCACUGGCUCUCUUUAUUGCGUAUGGUUCUUUCAUCAUAGCGCAGUUCAUUCCCACUGGUAGCAACAUUUGUGUCGGAGUUGCCUUGUCCACUUUCUACUUCUUUCUCGCUGCCUUUUGGUGGACAUCUGUUUUAGCUUGGGACGUGUGGCGCACCAUUCGAUUGGCCACCGUUCAGCUGAGGUGCUCUUCUUCCGGUCAGCAGUGGGGGAAAUUUAUUUUGUAUUCAAUGUACGCUUGGUUGGUCCCCGGAUUAAUCGUAGCCGCAGCCGUUGCAGUCGAGUACGUUGACACGGAUCUCUUUUCCUGGAUGCCGGCAGAGUAUCGUCCAUUUUUCGGCCGAAAUGUUUGUUGGUUCGGUCAACGCAAGGCGAUUCUGAUCUAUUUCGCCGCUCCUCUUACCAUCAUUCUUUCAGUUAAUCUUUUGCUCUUCAUCAGUUCGGCUCACAUGAUUCGCAGCACCACUUCCAAGUCUCCGACGUCCAGCAAUCAGGCAGGUACUCGUAAACAGCUGGGUCUGUACGUUCGAUUGGCCCUGAUCAUGGGUCUGUCUUGGUUAGCUGGUUUGAUUGCUGGAGCUGCUGAUUUUAUGCCCUUGUGGUAUGUGUUUGUAGCCCUGUGUUCACUUCAGGGUGUCUUCAUUCUGUUAGCCUACACCUGCAAUCCUAAAGUAAUCAGAUCCAUUCGUAACAAAAUUUGCGGUUGUCGGAAACCUAAAGGGCGACAAUCGACUUAUCGGGCUGGUCCUGCUGGAGGUCUCAAAAGUGAAAACCUCAGACGGCAGGGUAAAGCUAAUGUUUGUGAUUCGCAAGAUUCCAACACAUCUCAUUUGUCUAGAACUUCCCUUAGCACUAAAACGACCUCGACUACAUCUCCUUAAAUAGUAAUUAGUCAGAGAUUAAUUACUGAUGAGUGAUGAAUGAUUAUACUCGUUUUACUACAACCGGUAGUUCCAAUUUUAAUUACGGAUAUUGCUCAGAGACGCCCGUCUUUAUGAUGUAUGGAAAUCAGCUUAUUAGCUGAUUAGUCGGAGCUUCAGUAUGCACCCAUGUCGUGGAUCGAGCAAUUUUAUCUUAAGUCUUAUUACGAAUCUCUUUUCAUUUCACCGCAUUACUUACUUCGUCUCGUCGGAAUUUAUCUCACCAGUUACUGUACGCAUCUUCUUUAAUUCCAUGCCUUGAAUGUGAUGUAAAUCUUUUAUGUGUAAUAUAUAUUGCGUCAAAUAUAUACACAUUGUAAUAUU